GAGCAAUCAUUCACUCACACUAUUAAACACACCCACAUCUUUAACCACCCCCCCCACCGUCAGCUUUUGGUACUUACUCAGCCUCCUUCCGACCCUGUCUGCCCUGGCUGCCACGCUUCUCAGAACGCGACGCUGUCUAUUCUGUACCCUCCAGCUGUGGUCCUUCUUGUCAUCCCUCCCGAGCUUUAUUACCACCUACUCCUCCCCACCCAACCCUUUCCCACCCCAUUCUACAUAACCCUUCUUUCUCCCCCUCACCCCCCAUACCAUCACCCUCCGAGUACUUUUUCUCCCCCUUUUUCCAUCCCUAUUGAUUCGGUUCGCGAGUCUCUCUCCCCAUUCACUAAAUACCCGAUUCACGCUACAAGCGAGAAAGAAAAACACAACCGGUUCAUCAUGGGGAAAGCAGGACGAUUUGCGUGUAUUCUCACGCCCAUGCUUCUUACGCUUGCAUCGCUAUGUUGCGUGGUUAUCGUGAUGAUCGGAGGAACAAAUAAGAGUUCCAGUCUUAUUAGCGGACUUUACUUCCUGAAGAUUGAUACUCGUUUUAUCGAUACCCCAGAGAAUAUGGACUUAAUUCCCGGAACGGAUUUUGACGAUGAGCUCCUAAAGUCGGGUUUCAAUGCUACUGCUAGCGACCUUGGACUUGCAGAUUUUUACACCUCGUCUUUGUGGAAUUACUGCUCCGGACAGUCUUUGGAUGAUCAUUGGGAGGUUACCGAAUGUGGAAAGCCAUCCGCUGGCUAUGCUUUCGACCCUAUCCGCAUCUUGGAUGUUGAGGCGGAAGGAAAGGACGUCGAUUUCCCUGACUCUGUCAAAAAGGUUUCAAAGGCUGUAAGCGCUGCUAGCAAGGUUAUGAUAGCCAUGUAUGUUCUCGGAGCGGUUGCUACGGUUGUAACUUUCGCUGUUGGAUGGUUUGGACUACUCUCAAGAUGGGGAUCUUGCGUUACUACUAUUUUUGCUGAUAUUGCGUUUUUCUUCCUUCUCACUGCAUCCAUCAUUUCCACCGCCCUCUACGUUUCCAUCCGUGAAGCCUUCAACAAAGCCCUCAAGGAGUUCUCCGUCAAUGCUCAGAUCAACAGGCAAAUGUUCAUUAUCACAUGGCUGUCCGUUGCUUUCUCCCUCGGUGCUUGCCUCUUCUGGAUGCUUUCCACCUGCUGCUGCUCUGGAAGACGCUCUCGUGUUAUGGGUACCGACCACAAGGGCAAAGGAAAGAGUAGCUCUCCCGCAGGCGGUAUCAGAGGUGGAUAUGAGAGAAUUGCUGCCCCAUACAAGGGAGGUUCGGGAUCCGGGAUGAAACCCAUGUCGGAGGUCGGAAAAAAGCAGGCUGCUGGAUACGAGCCGUUUAGACAUGCUUAGGUUCGGGAUGUUUGCUAGAGGAGAUAAUGAGUGAACGAAGGUUGGGGAUCGGAAUGUGGUUACUCGGGUUGGGUCAGGUUGGGGGGGGGGGGCAAAACUGGAUAGGAUUGGGCUGGUGCGGAUUACGUCAAGCGAAAGUUUUAUAAAAUAUCUUUUUUUCAUGUCUUUACCCGUCAUUUGCUUCCUUAUUGCUGGUUCCUCUUACAUAGUGGUUUUGGGUUAACGGUGCUUAUAUAUUUUUCUUGACAUUCGAUAUGAAUACAGUAUUCAAAAAUGA